CUUGUAUCUGCCCUUCCCCUUGUGGGACUGCUCAGAUACCAGCCAGAGGGCCUUUAGGGCACCUCCCUGAGCUGCUGCUCUAUGGAGUUUCUGCCCAGUGUAGCCUGAAGGGUCUGAAGCGACCUGACUGAUGGAGACCCACCUGACCUCUUGACAACAGAGAGAGAUUUACCAGCUGGGGCAAGGGAGAUCUUCACCUCAAACCAGCCAGUUGUUCCCAGCUGCAGGAUCUAAGGUCUGUAACUGGGUUUAGAUAACAAGAGGCCAGCAGCAUAGUGAAGGAGUGAGAGUUGCUGGGAGCUACCAAACGUCGCUGACCGCCACCAAGCACCAUGACAACGAGCAGCGGUCCCUCAGACAGGUGAAGCCAGUGGGAGCUGCAAGUGUUCAGUAAAAACAGGCGCAGCAUCUCACUGAAUGGAGAACCCUCUGACAAAGACUUGGGUGUCCUGGUGGCUAAUCAGCUGACUAUGAGCGCUCAGUGCUACACAGGAGGCUAAAGCGAUCCAGGGAUGUAUAAACAGGGGAAUCUCGAGUAGGAAUGGAGAGGUAUAAAGCCGUCUGGCUGAUCUUCUUCACACUCGGCCUGGGGACACUGCUGCCAUGGAAUUUUUUCCUGACAGCCACUAGGUAUUUCACCAACCGCCUCGGGGAUCCCCAGAACGUUUCCUCCCUGGAGCGCCUCCCUGGGCUGAACAGCACAUAUGAGGACCAGGAGCCUCCCCCCACCUACCUGCAGGCUAGAUUCAACAACUUCAUGACGCUCUGCGCCAUGUUACCCCUGCUCAUCUUCACCUGCCUCAACUCCUUCCUCCACCAGAGGAUCCCCCAGAAAGUCCGUAUCCUGGGCAGCCUGGUUGCCAUCCUUCUGGUCUUCAUGAUGACGGCUGCCUUGGUAAAGGUCCCCUUGGAGCCACUCCCCUUCUUCGUCAUCACCAUGGUCAAGAUCAUCCUUAUCAAUUCUUUUGGUGCCAUCCUCCAGGGCAGCCUCUUUGGAUUGGCUGGGCUGCUGCCUGUCAGCUACACAGCCCCCAUCAUGAGCGGGCAGGGCAUGGCAGGGACCUUCGCAGCUCUCGCCAUGAUCUGCGCUAUCUCCAGCGGCUCAUUGCUGGCAGACAGUGCCUUUGGCUACUUCAUCACAGCCUGUGUGGUGAUCCUGCUGGCCAUCGGGUGCUACAUCCUGCUGCCCCGCCUGGACUUCUUCCGUUACCACUCGAUGAAGGACAAGACCGAGUAUCGGGUUCACGAGAGGCAUGCUGAGCUGGAGACCAAGAUCGACCUGAUCAAGAAAGAUGAGCCCAAUGGGGCAGAACAGAGUUACCCGAACAGCACAGCCCCUCAAGUUCCCAGCCAGAAACCCUCCGUCUUCAGCAUCUUUAAGAAGAUCUGGGUCAUGGCUCUGUCCGUCUGCUUCAUCUUCACCGUCACCAUUGGGGUCUACCCGGCCGUCACUGCCGAGGUGAAGUCCACGAUUGCCGGGAGCAGCGAUUGGGAGAAGUACUUCAUCCCUGUCUCCUGUUUCCUGAUGUUUAAUAUCUUUGACUGGCUGGGACGGAGCCUCACGGCCGUCUGCUUAUGGGUAAGUGUGGGGCAGAGCGGAGGGGGCAAGGGCCUAACAGCUGGCCCUGACCCAUCAGCCAAUUAGAGUUCACCUCUCAGG